AUGAUCAAAGAUAGAAUUUUUUCCAAGAAUUUCUUUUUAUGGACCAUAACUGUGGUGUUAGCAUUACCGAAGUGUUUUAAGACUGCACGGAAAGUAGGAGCGAAAGAUUCUAAACGAAAAAAAGAAAAAAUGCAGGAAAAUAGAUCAGAAAACCGAAAAGCAGAGGAAGGGACACAGAAAAGCAAUGAAAGGCAACACAAAGAGAUUUACGAUUCGAACGAAUACAUCUCUGGCGCAGUAUGCGUAAAAGACGGGACAGUGCCUAUGAAUAUUUUACGGCUUCAUACGGAUGGUUUGUUGUUAGUGUCGCAAGGAGGAGAUCCGGAUUAUAUGAUUACACUUUGGAAUUGGCAGAGGUCUCAAAUAACAUUAAAAUGCAAGUCUUAUAAUCGGGAUGUUUAUAAUGUUACAAUAUCUGCGUCAUCAUCUGAAUAUUUGGUGACUAGUGGAUCUGGACACAUAAAGUUUUGGAAAAUCUCCAACACGUUUACUGGGCUAAAAUUAAAAGGCGAAAUUGGCAGAUUUGGCCAGACAGAAAUAUCUGAUAUUAUUGGUGUAUAUAUCAUGCCAGAUGGAAAAGUCGUAUCAGGUUGUGAGUGGGGAAAUAUUUUACUGUGGGAAGAAGGCUUAAUCAGUCUGGAAAUAUGCAGGAAACACAGACAGCCUUGUCAUGCUAAACCAAUUACACAAUUUGAGUAUUUAAACGGAGAACUGAUAUCAGUUGGUAUGGAUGGAUGGAUUAGAGUUUGGUUCUACGAGACGAUAGAUCAAGCGGAUAUUCACGAUGAGGAUCGCUUUUUAGAAAUCCAACCCGUUUAUGAAUUUCAAAUCGGCGAAACGCUCAGUUCGAUGCUUAUGUGCAUGUGUAAACAGGAGCCGGACAAUCCGGAAAAUACAUUUUGGUAUGCUCAAGAUGGAAAUGGUGGGAUAUGGUUAAUUGAUUUGCAUAUAUCAAAGGCAGAAAGUCCACGGAAGAUAUUUACAUGUCACGCGGGACCUGUGGUUGACAUGGAUAAUGCAACAUGGGGACCUUUUGUGGCAACGAUUAGCAAAGCUGGACAAUUACAUAUUUACAAUUACAUGGAAAAAAAAUUAAUUUUGGAUCAUAAAUUCAAUGACAUCGGUAGUCAAGUCGUCUGGUUUCCAUGUAAAAUUGAAGCGACAGGAUUAAUGCUCGCUUGUGCUUUUGGGAGUGGUGUUAUUCGGGUAAUUGCCGUAACAAUAUCAGCAGCCAACGUCGACACUAAAAACGAUUGUCUCAAAUUGAUACAGAUUAUAAGACCGCACAGAAUGGCAAUAACCGCGAUGUCUCUAAACCCAUCGUGCAACUUGCUGGUGACUGGUAGCGAAGACUCAACUGUGUUUAGUUUCUCUAUCACGGUAACCGACACUCAUCCAGUCAUCGUACCAAUUGGCUUCAUCGAAGUACCUUCGGGAGUCACGUGUCUCACAUGGAAGCCACAUUGUGAAACGACAUUGUUAAUUGGAUGCAUAAGAGGAGAUUGUGUAGAAGUUGUAUUACCAAGCACACCUCAAACGUAUACCACUGUCUCGUACAAACUUGUACAAUGCUUGUUGAAAACAUUUCAGUUCUAUUCUGUAAAAUCUGCCAUUAGAAGGGAAUUGAUGCGUAUAAAACGCGAGGAAGAAAGGAAGGAAAGAAUGGCAAAGAGACGCGAAGAAGUAAUUCGAUUAAUGGUCGAAAGUCCCGAAAUGGAGAUUAGCGAAGAAGAACUUUUCGCGGAUAUUGAAGAAGAGCCGUUACCGGAAAUAUAUAUACCGAAAAUACCAAACAAGAUAUUAACGGCGCAAUACAUCAGUCGUGAUAUCAUUUGGUUGUCAAUGGCGGGCUUCGACGCGGGGUACAUAUACGAGUACCCAAGUCCGGAAUCUGUUGAAGAAGAUGUUAUCGGCAAGGAACCUGUUAGAAGUACCGUAAUAUAUGACGCGGAUGACAUGGAAAUACGAAGUUGGCUAUUCUAUAAGCAGAGAAAAUAUUUAUUUUUGGGAAUGGAACACGGACAGAUACGUGUUUGCAAAUAUAAAUCCGAGGACUACACGGAUCUCUCGGAUUAUUGGAUACUUCCGAUGCACGAUAAUUAUAACGGCUAUAUUCCGAAAAUGAUUCUCAGCCACGACCAGAAGAUGUUAUUUACAUGUGGACAUGACGGAAACUUGUUUUCUUAUGAGAUAAACGACGACACAUCACCAGAAGCAAUCGAAUUCGAGACGGCCGCGGAAACAUCAUCCUUGUCGUACGUAUUCGGUAUUGAAGAUCUCGAGGAAAUCGAUACGUACGCGAGUCUAGAAGAGACGAUUCAAAAAGCUGAACAGGACAGGGUUGCGAGGGAAGCGGGACAGUGUAAACGUCAAACUCGUGAGAUAUUGUUCAAACUGAGUGAGAAAUACAGCAAUAUUGUGAAGAGGAAUAACACACUAUCGAAGCCUCAUCAAAUAUCUCGCGAGGAACUAGAAUUGGAUUCCAGAAUUACGGCUGAUCUAAAUCAGGAAUUGGAAACGGAGAUGGCCACAGUGCGAGAAAGAUUCGCAUUUAAAGUGGAGAGGAGUGAAAUUGGAUUGCAGAAACUCAUGGAACACUUUAUCCAUUCUAUCACAGGCUUGCCGUUCGUAGUCUACAAAAUCUUACAACCUAAUAGUGCGGUCCAUUCUCUGCGUCAGCACGUUUUGAACACCGAUGGCAUCCUGCCGCAUGUGGAUACGGUAAAACAUGUACACACGCUCAAUAAGCAAACUAAUGGAGCCAGUGUAACGAAGGAUCCGGUGCAGUAUUAUAAAAAAGAACAACAAGAAGAAGGGAAAACUGAAGAAGAAAUUGAGACGGAAAAAAUACAAGAACAAGCGAUCGCGGACAUCUUGAAAGGCGUGAAUUACGAGGAUGUAGAUAGCAGCCAGAAAAUUCGAUUGAAUCAAAUGCUACGUAAAUAUAUCUCGAGGAAGGCAAGGCUGAAGGAGCGCAAGAAACAAUGGAAAAUUAUACAUCAAGAGAAACCGGAUGCAUCUGUUAAUCACAUACACGAUAUAGCCGCUAUAGAAGAAGCAAAGAGAACUAUCGGCGAUUAUAAAUUGAAGACAUUAUCGACCUUUGAUUCGUUAUCGGAGGAACGAGAUACUCUCCUUUCAAAGCACAGAGAACUGUUUAACUGUUGGAAAAAGCUUUAUUAUCUGCAAGAAGCCUUCAACGAGAGAUUGAAGGCCGUAAGAACAGAGAAAGAACAGUUAUAUGCGCAAGUUAUAUCCUUAAUAAAAACUCUCAGAGAAAUUCACGCCGAGAUACCAUCGAGAAGCAUAAAAGCCUUCCCGUAUAUCCCUAUGUUAAAUACUGAUGCAGAAUUUCCUGAGAAAAAAAUAGCUCUUGAAAAGUAUACGAUAAAGGAGGAAAAAAUGCAACGACCGCGAUUAUCUCUUCUUCCGGAGCCGAUAUUUAUUUGCCCAGAUGAGGAAUACGAAGUGUUGCUCCUGGAUGAAGAAUUUCCGGAAACUAUAGAUAUUUCUAGCGAAGAAUUACCCUCUGUCUCGGAGAAAAAAAUCAAACUUGAUUCUAUUGCGCAGGACGAUACAUCGUUGCUUCAUUUGAGCGAUGAUUCCGACAGUCCGUGGGAAUUAGAAAUGAAAGCUGCUCGCGUGUUGCGCAGGAUAUAUGAACAAGACUGUAUAUUGCGAUACAUACAAACCAGUUACGAAAAUUUAGAUAAGAAGUUAGAUAAAUUAGAGCAUGACAGAUUGGACAUCGUCGCUGAGAAUGUUAAUAUCAAUUUAUUUUUAUUGACACUUCGUCAAGAAUAUAUUAUCCUGAAGGAAUAUGAAACAAUGGAAAAUAUGUUGCAUGACAAAGUUAAUCGUAAAAUAGACGAGAUCAUAGCAAUAAAGCAAAAAAUACAGGAGAUCACCGACAAGGCUGACAGUAAAAUGAAGGAAAUUACAAAGCUACGCAAUCAAAUUAAAGAUAUUACUUCAGAAUAUAUGAAAAAUAUAAGCGAAGAUGAAUUUCGUAAUUUUCUAUGCAGGAUAUUUAAAAAGAAGUACAAAGAGUUGAAAGAGGAUGAUGAAACUACUACGACGACUGAAACAACGUCGGAUGAAACUAACAGUGUCGAUAGUAAAGAAACAGAGUUCAUUUAUUUCGAUGUAAAUACGUGCCCUGCGAAAUGCGACAAAGAAUUAUACAAGCUAGCAUUUUCGAUGAGAGAGAAACGAUAUGCGUGCGAACACAAAAUCAAAGAUGCUCAGCAUAUUAUGGAAACUCUUCAAAAGGAAGCUGAAAUUCAGACGAAGAAGUUGAAAAUCAUAGAGAACGACUUAAAGGCGCAUAAGGAUGAUUUGAAAUUAUUUAUGCUUGAGAAACAAGGGAAAUUGAACAACGUAGAUGUCACAGUGACAAUGAAGUUGCAUCAGUUGCAGUAUCUCCAAGAAUCCGAUGUGCCGACUAAGGUGGACGAUUGCGUUGUAUUCGACAAAAAGAAAUUGUCUAAACUGUACGCGAGAAUACAGGAGUUGCACGAGGAGACGCUUGAGUUAUAUGCUAAAUAUAAACGUUCUAGAACGCACCUUCACAGAAUAAAAAUCGACUGUAAUCACAUGAGUGUUAAUAAUAAAAAACUGAAGAGUGAGAUAAAGCAAAGGAUAAUGGAAAAAUUCGGUCAGAAUGUAUCUGUGACUGAAUUGUACGAAACGAUACUACGUCGAAUGGUAUACGAUAUCAAGGCUGACUUAAACGAGACUACUAUGCAAUUUAGUAAACGAACUAAUGAGAUCAAGGAAUGCUAUGCUGAAGAAUUAAUUACAUUUAAGAACAUGAUCCGGGAACACACACAAAAGUUGAGCUUCAUGACACUUUUGGUGGAAGAACAAUCGAAGCUUAAGAAACUCUUGAGACAACAUAUUGCAUCGGGUGAGAAAAUGUUAGAAUUGGAGAAGACAUACAAGAACGAUAUAAUAAAGUUGGAAAGGAUUCUCAAAAAUCAAAUGCGACAAAAGCAUCUAUUUCAGGAGGAUAUCAAGAAUCUCAAAUUGAAGACGAAAUUGCAACACCCAAUUCAGUUUAGGGAUAUAAUGUCCUGGAACGAUAGAGACAUCAAGCCGGAGAGCGAAGAAAAUUACGAUGAGAAUUGGCAAAAUGACGAAGUAGAACAUACAAAAAGUGACGAAAAGCCAGAGUUCCCUGUGGAUGCAGAAGAUAUAUUUGAUUAGAUUGAAAGAUUUGAUCAUAUUAUAUGAAUUGAUACAUCACGAAUUUUUUUAUAAGUGCAAUGUUCACAUGGAGAAUAUAGAAAAAUUCAAAUUGUAAAACGAUAAGACAAACAGAUGAG